AGGUGAGAGCAAGUGGUUUCGUCAUAGCUAUUCGCUUACAAAUCACAUCAUCUUUCUCUUGUUCUCACCAUAUUCUCCUUCAAGUUCAACCGCAAGUAUUCAUUAUUCAAGUAUUUGAUUUCGAGAGAGAAUUUUAAGGAUCUGAAGUUGUAAACGAAGAUGAAGAGAUGUGUGCUUUGCAAAUCUACGGCUAAAGUAUACUGUGAAUCAGACAUGGCUAGCUUAUGUUGGAGCUGCGAUGCGAAAGUUCAUUCAGCCAACUUCCUUGUAGCAAGGCAUUCGAGGAGCCUUCUUUGCCAACUAUGUCAGUCUCCGACGAUUUGGACUGCCUCCGGCGAUAAACUUUGCCCUUCCACGGCGUCGAUCUGUGCAAAGUGUGUUGUUGAAGAUAUUUCCGACGAUGAAGACAACGGAGAAGAGAAAGUCGGAGGUAACGAUGAAUACGACGGAGGCGUGUAUGCCGAUAAGCUUGAAUUAGAGGUUUCAGUGAAUGAAAUUGAUAAUCACGUUGCGCCGUCGUCAUCGACGCCGCUCCCACCGGCAACUAGUUCAUCUACCAGCGGAGAUUUAUCGAUUUCCGACGGAGGCGUUUCAAUGAAGCGAAAACGCCAGAAUGUUGUAGAUCUUAAUCUUACCUCUGAGGAUGACUUCGAUUGUUCAUCGGCGAACACAAACCACCUUACGCCGUCGUCUCCGAUUCCGGAACAAGACGAAACAACUUCGUUUCAGUCAAGCUCCGAUUCAACCGCCGGAAAGCUGAAGAGAAUCCGUCAACGUAACAAAAUAUCCGGCGACUACAUGUCUUCUCCGGUCAACCGCACGAGUAAAUCAACGAGAAUCGCUGAAUUUGAUUUAAACUCGAUGCCAUAAAUCAGUUGUAUACUUGUAUAUCUAUGUUAUGUAAGUACAGUAUAAAUACAUGUUUACAUAGAGGAGAAAAAGUAAUCUCAGUUCAGAUAACGUAACAAUAUCUUUAUUUGUUGUUAUUAACAAACACUUAAUAGCAGGGAAUAUUAAUUAGUUGUA